AAAUCAUAACUAUUUGGGCUGGGCUCCUGAUGUUAGUUUCCGGGGCUAUUUUUGUCACAGCAAUUUAGGCUCUUAGAUUACAAAACCUCCGGAAAAUGGGAAAAAAGGCAAAAGGGGUUUUGCCAUUUCGCGAAUUUGGAAUCACAAAAAGCGAAAUCAUUUGAAAAUGAUGAAAAUAUGGCCUUUUACCAGAAAUGGAGCAUCUGGGUUUUCAGCUGCUUCUACUGUCAAAGAAGUUACUGAAACCAUUGAUGCAAAUGGCGUUACAGCUGUUGUUACCGGAGCAACAAGUGGUAUUGGAACCGAAACAGCACGUACACUUGCCAUGCGUGGUGCUCAUGUUGUUAUGGCUGUGAGAAAUGUGGAUGCUGGCAAAAAUCUCAAACAGAAAAUACUUGCAGAAAUUCCUACUGCUAAAAUUGAUGUUAUGGAGUUGGAUCUCAGCUCAUUAGCGUCAGUAGAGAAGUUUGCAUCUGAAUUCAAGUCCUCGAACUUGUCCCUUAAUGUUCUCAUUAACAAUGCAGGGAUUAUGGCUACCCCAUUUCAAUUGUCUAAAGAGAACAUAGAGCUUCAGUUUGCAACCAAUCAUUUAGGUCAUUUCCAUUUGACGGAUCUGUUAUUGGAUGCCAUGAAAAAGACGGCCCGUGAAUGCAAUAGAGAAGGAAGGAUUGUCAAUGUUUCUUCAGAGGCCCAUCGGUUUUCUUAUAGUGAAGGAAUUUGCUUUGACAGAAUAAACAACGAGUCAGGGUACAGCAGCUUGCAGGCUUACGGACAAUCAAAGCUUGCCAACAUUUUGCAUGCCAAUGAGCUUGCAAGGCGAUUUAAGGAAGAGGGAGUCAAAAUAACUGCAAAUUCCCUCCAUCCUGGAUCCAUCACAACCAAUCUUCUGCGUCACCGUGGUUUUAUCAAUGGAGUCAUUCACACCCUUGGGAAACUUGUGCUCAAAGAUGUUGAACAAGGCGCAGCAACAUCAUGUUAUGUGGCAUUGCAUCCACAAGUUCAAGGAGUAAGUGGAAAAUAUUUUAUGGAUAGUAACAUAGCCCAACCAACCUCCCAGGCAGAAGAUCCUGCGUUGGCAAAGAAACUAUGGGACUUCAGCCUCAAACUUACACAACGCCAGUAGUUGAAAUCCUGCAUCGAGUUUCUUCGUGCAGUUUACUGCAUGAGCACGUUGUGUCGAUCUCUAUUCUAGUAUGCUUUAACAGCUGAUCAAAGAUGGAUUCUUGCUUUGGUUCUAGACUUCUAGUACAUUUUAAUAUUCCACAAUGUUAUAGGUCUCAAAUCCUUGCUCAGGUAUUCAGAAAGAUUUCCGGCAAGUUGGCAAAUAUGGGCAAUCAAACUGUGAUGGUUAGGCAAAUAUGGGCUUUUCCUAUUCAUUGAUCAAAAAUAUGUUUAUAUGUCA